AGCAGAAUCAUCACUUUUCGAAAACGACUUUUCGCUUGCGAAAUAGUUUCGCGCACGCGCAGAUCGCUAUUUGGAUGCGCUAAUGGACAAGUACGGCGCAACAAAUUGCGUUGAGGCUAUGUUGUCCCGAAAUCGGUAGAUUCACUGUGAUUGUUUUUUUACGCUAUUUAUCGGAUUGUUCAAACGUAUAAUGGAACCAAUUUUGGACGUGCAAUAGCCGCCACAAUUUACCGUCGGAAAACAAAUGUUCCGCCGGUGAUAGAGGUUUAGUUUUAACAUCAUUAAUUAUCGGAGAAACAUAUUUUACUGAUGUAAACAAGACGACCUGGUCGUACACGAAUUUUAAAUUAACCUACAAUAUUAUUUGACAAUGAGUAGCGUUAAGUUAGAAGUUCAGUGGUCAUCGAUACACCCAAAUAAAUUCAUUACUUGGGGCACCGAAAUAUGUUUAUACGAAGUUACCCAAAUCAAAGAUAGUGUCAGGCCUUCUUGUAUUAAGAUCUCUGACUCUACAGUCGCCCAUUUAUUGGCAACGAACACAAACCAUCACUAUGUUAAAUGCAUUGAUAUUUACACCCAACCUGAGCCUGACAUUCUAUUGGCAGUUGGGCAAGCGAAUGGUAAAGUUGUACUAACUACUUUUGGCCCAACGGCAUUCGACUCUCUUGGACUUACUGGCAAGGAACUUGCUCCGAGGCAUGCAAGGCAAUGCAAUACGGUUGCAUGGAAUCCGGUAGACCCAAAUUUAAUAAUUUGUGGCUUGGAUAAGCACAGAACGGAUUCUUCCGUUUUAUUAUGGGAUGUCCUGAAAAGUCCAACUGGAUCGCAUCACCACAGUAACAUGCAGGCAGAAUCUGUCAGACCUAUAGCAGAGGCUGGAGUCUCUGAAACAGCACAUUCCCUCGCUUGGUUCCUUAACGAACCAAGAUGUUUGGUUGUUGGAAUCAAUAACAAACAUUUAAAGAUUAUUGAUUUUCGAGAUUGUGUGAAGGUAGUGAACUCAACGCCAACAAAAGCAGUGUACAGUUUGUCAGUAGAUCCUCAUAACAAUUAUCACUUAGUUUCCCAUAUUGAAAAUCAAAUUCUUAUAUGGGACACUCGUUACUUUGAAAAACCGAUAUUAACCCUACCGCAGAGCAGACAAGUGACUAAAGUACUAUGGUGUCCUUCAAGGCAUAACCUGCUGGGAUCUCUGCAGAAAGACUCUGGAUCUUUGCAUCUUCACGAUGUACAGCAUUGUGGGCUUGGUGGCGGCGAGGAAACAGAGCCAGGCGCUUUAGAAAGAACUGUCGCCCCACCAUGGUCUAGUCCUACAAGUUUUUCAUGGCAUCCGACUCACGCGAAUAGAUUGUUGGCUAUAUCGCAACAAGGUUUGACGGACUACACUGUUUUUGAAAGAAUUACUAUCAACUGGUCAACUAAGUCAUAUCUAGCAUGGAACCAUGCUUCAAAAUCAUUCAAAUACAUUUAUAGCACCGACAACAUAUACAAAUCCUUGAACGAUAUUUCACUGCAAACGAAAAGUCGAGCCAUGCGAGACUACGGCCUUCUGGCCGAACUAUCGCAAAAUGGAGAGCUAGCUGAAAAUGAUACCCUGAAAAAUUUAUGGCAAUGGCUGUAUUUGAGUCGUUCUUUAGUGGAAGAUGGAACAAUAUGUAGCCCAGACAAUAAGCACCCAGGUGUCAGAACUGUUCUGAAACUUGAUGGACAGCAGACUUCUACUAACGGUUUCAUUAAGUCUGAAUUAGUGCUUCGACUGUGGGCUGACAUUGGGUCAAAUCACAGUGCUAAAAUAUACAGGUCACCUGACCGAGAUAAAGCACUUCAAUUGUGUGGUUGGAGAUUUGAUAAAGAAACGAACGCUCCUUAUAAUAAUGCAUUUUUGGAAAGACUAGAGAGGGAAGGAGCUUAUCCUAGAGCUGCAGCCAUCUCUGUUUUCAAUCUUGGACUGAGGCAAGCCAUAGAAAUAUUGAAUAGAGGGGCGGACAAAAUGUCACUAGCAACAAACUUAAAUAUCGUUGCUAUGGCUUUGUCAGGCUUCUCUGAAGAUAGAAAUAGUAUGUGGCGGGAGCUUUGCUUAAAGUCUAGAUCUCAAUUAACUGACCCAUAUCUCAGAGCAACAUUUGCAUUCCUCACUGCUGACAAUGAUUCGUAUGAAAAUGUUUUGAAUGAGAAUGGAAUGGCUGUUGAGGAUAGAGUGGCAUUUGCGCUCAUGUUUCUAUCUGAUAGUAAAUUACAUGAAUAUUUCAAAAAAUUGACUCAAAAAUUAACUGAUGAUGGUAACUUAGCCGGGAUUCUGAUUACUGGGGCUAGUUCAGACGGGAUACAGUUACUAAAUAGGUACUUAGAAAUCACUGGUGAUGUCCAAAGUUGCAGCCUAAUCGCCAUUCGAGCUCUGUCACCGAAAUUGCUUCAGGACAAUCAAGUUCAAGUUUGGAUUGCAAGCUAUAGAACGCUUUUGGAUGCUUGGAAAAUGUGGAAUCAAAGAGCACAUUUUGAUAUAGCGAUGCGAACUUCAACGAAUGAGAAACCUCCACAACAAGUAUACAUAUCUUGCAAUUUCUGUGGCAAAAGUAUUUCGGCUUAUAUGCAGGGGUUAAGCAGAGCUAGAGGACCAUUUGCCAGGCUUGGGAGUACGUCCAACAAAUUGAAGAUGUCUUCGUGUCCUAGCUGUCGCAAACCUCUACCCCGCUGCGCGAUCUGUCUCAUGCACAUGGGUACAGCCAGUGGUUUACAAACAGGAGGGACCACACCAAAUAGAGGGGAGGAGGAUAGUAAACUAACGGAAUUUAGUAGUUGGUUUACUUGGUGUCAAACGUGCAGACAUGGUGGACACGCCAACCACAUCACGCACUGGUUUAGAGAGCAUUCGGAAUGCCCUGUAACAUCUUGUACGUGCAGAUGCUUUUCACUAGAUGCAUCUUGCAAGAUCGGAGUUGGGGUUGUAUAAUCUUUCUACCAUAAUUUUAAAUUGUAAUAAACGAUUAUUUAAUAGUAUUUCGUUCACCAAUUAUACUUAUUUCUUUCACUUAAUUAUCAUUUAGAAUAUUUCUAAGCCUUAAAGGUUGAGCUUCAACUUCAGCGAAGUAUACUGAAAAAAGUGAGAAUAUUCGAAUGUGUUGAAGGUGAUAUAC